AUGAGGCCGGGGUAUUGGGACAUCCACAUCCCGCCCAAUUCGGGAUCGAGCUAUGUGGUGGAAGACACCAUGGAGGACCACGCCGGGUGCGAGGUCGUGAAGACCUGCUGCGACGACCAGUUCUCGCUUUGCUUCUCGGGCAAUGCGUCGCGUACCGUGGAGGUCCAGAGAGUGGACAGCGAGAUUGGCUGGCCCCAGCAGGUGGGAUGGGGUCAAGACCUCUACCUGCGCUGCUACGCGCCCUCGGUUGCCAGCUUCGCGCCUUCGACGGUGCCCGCGGAGCCGCCGUGGUACCUGCGCCUGGAGGAGUCCACCCAUGUGACGGCGAAGCUGGAUUUCCACCACGGCAACGUCAUCGGUGGCUGCGAGUGCUCCAAUCACGCGAUCCAGACGCGUGUGUCAGGCUCCGACUGGAUCGAUGCGGGCGGCGAUUGCUUGGCCCGGGACACCCGGACCUGCACCCUGGAAAACCUGGCCGACGCCUCGGAUCGGUUCGGACCAGCGAGAGGCUCCUGCGACGAGUAG